AUGGCCGACUCAAGUGCUCCCGAACCCCCCACCGAGCAGGUCAAGGACCUCAAGGUCGAGGAGACUGCCAAGCUUCUCAAGGAUGAGGUCACCGGCGAGAUGGUCUCCAAGACGGAGCUGAAGAAGCGCCAGAAGGCCCGCGAAAGAGAGGCUGCUAAGGCUGCGAAGGCCGCCGCUGCCCCUCCCAAGCCUGCUGCUGCCAAGAAGGGCAACGCCGAGGCCGACGAGAAGAACCUGGACCCCAGCCAGUACUUCGAGAACCGAUCCCGCGCCAUCAACAAGCUGCGCGAGACCAAGUCUCCCAACCCUUACCCCCACAAGUUCCACACCGACUACGACUUGCGCAACUUUGUCAAGGACUUUGGUCACCUCAAGUCUGGCGAGCAUGACAAGGAGAAGGUCGUCCGCGUGGGCGCUCGUAUCUACAACAAGCGUGCCUCCGGCAACAAGCUCUUCUUCUACGAUAUCCGUGACAUUGUUGGUAUCAUUGGAUACCCCGGCCGUACCGCACCCAAGUCCAAGAUCGAGAAGGGCGAGGAGGGCGAGCUCUCCAUCUUCGCGACCGAGUUCAUUCUCCUUACCCCCUGCCUGCACACCCUUCCCGACGAGUACUACGGCUUCAAGGACCACGAGGAGCGCCACCGCAAGCGUUACCUUGAUCUCAUCAUGAACGACAAGAGCCGCCAGAUCCUUAUCGCAAGAUCCAAGAUGGUCACCUACAUCAGACGUUUCUUCGACGACAGGGACUUCAUCGAGGUCGAGACGCCUAUGAUGGGUCCCAUCGCUGGAGGUGCCACCGCUGCCCCCUUCAAGACCCACCACAACGACCUCGACAUGCAAAUGUUCAUGAGAAUCGCUCCUGAGCUCUACCUCAAGGAGCUCGUCGUCGGUGGCCUCCACCGCGUCUACGAGCUUGGCCGUCAAUUCAGAAACGAGGGCAUCGACUUGACGCACAACCCCGAGUUCACCACCUGCGAGUUCUACCAAGCCUUUGCCGACGUCUAUGACAUCAUGGACCUGACCGAAGAGCUCGUGAGCGGCCUUGUCAAGCAUGUAACUGGCGGCUACAAGACCAAGUUCCACACCCAGCACGGUGAGGUCUACGAGGUCAACUGGGAGAAGCCCUGGAAGCGCUUUGAGAUGAUUCCCGAGCUCGAGAAGGCCACGGGCGAGAAGUUCCCUCCCGCCGACCAGCUCCACACUGCCGAGACCAACGAGUUCCUCCAGAAGGUCCUCAAGAAGAUGAACCUCGAGUGCUCACCGCCCCUGACCAACGCCCGCAUGAUCGACAAGCUUGUUGGCGAGUACAUUGAGGAGCAGUGCGUCAACCCCUCCUUCAUCUUCGGCCACCCGCAAGUCAUGAGCCCUCUCGCCAAGUACCACCGCGACAUUCCCGGUCUGUGCGAGCGCUUCGAGGCCUUUGUGUGCAAGAAGGAGAUUGUCAACGCCUACACCGAGUUGAACGAUCCCUUUGACCAGAGACUGCGCUUCGAGGAGCAGGCCCGCCAGAAGGACCAGGGUGACGACGAGGCCCAGCUCAUUGACGAGAACUUCUGCAUGUCUCUUGAGUACGGUCUGCCGCCUACCGGUGGCUGGGGUAUGGGUAUCGACAGAAUGGUCAUGUUCUUGACCGACAACUACAGCAUCCGUGAGGUGCUUGCCUUCCCCUUCAUGAAGGAGGAGAAGCAGGGUGAGAAGAAGGCCUCCGCGGCUGAGGUCGUCGGCGUCAAGCCUGUUCCCGAGGAGGGAAUUGCCCACAAAUAG